AUGUCUCAAAUACCACUUCACGUGACAACUCAAAUGCACGAAGCGGAUAUUCGAGGAGGAUUGUCUAAACCAUCUCCUCAUUGUAUCGCUUAUAAACUCCCUAAAGAAGAAGUAUUAUCCAUUCUUGAGAAAAUCGCGAAAAAGACCACCCCACCAAGACAUGAGACAUCGAUUUACACAACUUCAACCGAUUGGAUUAAUUCACUUGCUAACUCUAUCGCCAAUGAACUUUCCACGGCCUUUAAUUUCCCACCCAAUAAUUUCAUUGAAGCUGGUAGAAAUAUUGCCAAUGUCGUUUCUUGCGUAGGAAAUGGAACGUGGUCAACCGGUAUCACGCCUGUUAAUGCUCUCAAGGAUAUUGAGACCAAUUUUCCUUUGUAUCUUUCGGAUUACUUUGAUCAAUUGUCUGGUUGGUCAAGGGAGAACGCUUUUGAACAAACGUGUUCUAGAAUUACUACAUUAGGUUCUAGCAGUCAACAGAGUCAUGGUGGCUCGGAAUCUGCCUUGUCCGGAAUAUAUGCGAAAAUUAAUUGGAAAUUCGGUGAUAUCAAUCGUCCAUUCAAUACCAACUCAACCACUCCAACAUUCGCCUUGGAUGGUGAACCAAGCACGGGAGAAGUUUAUAGAUACUUUGCAUUAGUUGAUUCUUUUAAACGUGCCAUCUCAAUGAAUGAAAAUGGAUCGAUCACCAAGCACGUUUAUAAUUUCACCGAUCCCGCGCAGCUUUGGAAAAUCGUCACUAUUCCAUUAGUAGCAUGGCGUAAUUCUUCAGGACAAUUCUUGAGCGUUGAAAAUGACCAGUCUGGCACUUUGGGAUUCUCCAAUGGUGAAAACAUUAAUACUCCAAAAUCAGAACAACUCUUUUUAUUCGUUCCUCAUCCAGAUUUCUCGAAUAAAGCAAUUGUGAUUGGACACAAUGGAAAAUUACUUGAAUUCGAUCCAAGAACUUCAAAUAAGUUAUCUUGUAGUUUCGACCUUAAAUCUCCGGCUAGAUUACCUUUUGUAUUAUUUGAUUAUGAACAAAAUAUUUGGCCAAAGAGCGCAAACUUUUUAGCUUCUCGCUUACAACAGCAUUUAAUUGCUACCGCAGCUCCACCGCCCGGUGUAGGAACGCGAGUUAACGUAUGGAAAGCUGACCCAACUGUCAAACGGGUCGGAAUACGAGAGCUUUUCUUAUUAAACAUUGACAUAAAAACUGGACCUAUGGAUUCUUUUUUCGAUACAAAUUCAUCAACCGGACCAAUAUCUCCUGACAAAAAUGGAGAUUUCUUAUUAACAUUCGAAGAUACGCCUUCAAAGAUUCCUGAAUCAGACAACCAUGUUCGAUUUGACGUUAUACAUACCUUUUCGGUCGUUCGAUACGUAUUUAACUUGUUAAGCGGUGAUUUGGAAUAUCUUGAUGGACGUCCUCCUGUAUUAAACCAUCCUUGGGGAGCAAACAAGAGAAUUACCAUCCAUCCUCAUGCUGGAGAAGAUGCUAACGCUUAUUAUAGUCGUGAAGAAGUGGCAUUGAAAUUCUUUUAUUUUAAUGAAGGUGGUGAUCAACCAAUUUAUUUGUGUAGAAGUUUCGAUGUGGUGGCUCACGAAGCUGGCCACCUUUUCUUGGAUAUCUUGCAACCUGGUUGGCUUGCUGAUGGACAAACUGGUGGCUUUCAUGAAGCUUUUGGCGAUUUGUGUAGUUUAUUUACUCUUAUUUCUAUGGCCGAAAUUUCAGAUUUAUUCGUCACUAUGACAAAAGCAAAUUUAAGAAAUCCAGACAAUUUCUUAUCAGCUAUCGGGGAAGAAUUUGGUGAUGCGUUGUUCAAAAAUAAAGGAAAAGGGUUGAGAAAUUUAUCCAACACACUUAAAGGUUCCGAAGCUGAAUCUGAAGUACAUGCUGUAUCCUUGGUUUUCAGCGGAUUCUAUUAUGAUUUAUUGGCGGAUGUAUUUGCAUUAGAAAGAAAUCCAUCCAUCAAGAGUGAUGCCGAAACUUUAAUGGAAGUUGGAACAAACUUGCGAAGAGCCCUCAUAAUCGCAAUACGCGUCUCUUCUGCUCAACCAACACGAACCAAAUUUCAAGAGAUUGCAACGAAUUUGGAUACCGCUCUUGGUACUUUAGGCAGAAAAUUGGGAGUGGAUUUAACUAGUUGGAGAGAAAUUGUGAAAAAACAUUCUAAAGCUAGAGAAUUACCUAUUGCUGGAUUAAAGUAA